AUGAUGACAAUAUUAAGCCCUCAACGCGAGCCUCCGCUUCGGGCGUACGCGCGAGCGAUUCGUGCAGCAGCAAGUGGAGGAAACUGGGAAAUCAGUACACAGUGCAAAACAACAGUUGGUGUAGAGACAGCGCGCAGUUUACGCGCACACGAGGCGCGCGCGUUAUCGCUUAUCGCGAGGCAUUCUAUCAUCGACAGAUCGCCACUAAUCGGGAAAUAUGAAGAC